GCUCAGAAGCGAUCGGUCAAGAACACCUGCUUAUCGGUUGCGUUCUCUCACCGCAAAAUCGGUUGUUGUUUCUCGUUUUGGCCGACUUCUCUCCUUGGCUAUCAUGAACUACAUGAGUUGCUUCGUCUUUAUUUUAAUAUAGUCUGAGUCUGCGUGUGCCGUGUGGUGUUUAUGGGCGUAGUGGUGAUUUGAGUGCGUUCUUUAUCUACCCUAGUAGGUACAACCUUGUCUCUUGAACAAUAACUAUAGAAUGGUUCUUCUGCAUUAUUCUGUGAAAUCAUGGUAGGAGCUUGCAAUUAUAGAAGUUUUUUUUUACUCAUCUCAAUAUCAAUUAAUGCGAGCGAAGAGCGCUUCCCCGCGAUCUAAGCUAACUCACUACGCAUUGAUUAAUCCCCUGACUUUAUUAACUACGAGGACCAGAAAUCACGACAUCAACUUCAACAAGAUCAAAGUUUUCGAGAAGUAUUCUUCGAAACACCUCACAUCAUCAGAAUGGCUCUGGAUGUUUUUGGGUCUGCUGCCGCUUGCUAAAAAGCGCGGAAAACUAGAAGAAGGACUUCUAUCAUCGCUCAGCACACCUGCAGGGUUCCCUCAAGACAAGAUCCACGCAUUUCCAAGGUGGUUCCUUACAACCUCUUGGAGCUCUUGGCGUUCUACUUACCUACGCGGCACACGAAGAAGAAAAGGACCCCAACGAACAGUGUCAAGAACAUCUUCUUUGUCGAUAAGGAUACGAAGAUGGCGUCCUCAUCCUCUGCAGAUGAGGAUACACACAUUACUGGGUCAAGGCCUGUGAAUCUGACGUUCUUAGGCGUCGGGAGACCAGGAGAUGGCGUGCUUCUCGCGAGCUAUGUGCAUCCCCAGUAUGCAGAUAUGAUACAGGAUACGGAGGAAACAUUCAUGAAAAUCCUUCAUGCCGCAAAAGUCAGACUGGCACCAGGACAAAGACAAAGACUCAUGUGGGAAGAUAGCACGGUAUAAGAAUUGAAAUUUUUUCUGAGUGGGGUUCGGUGCAAGUAGGAUAUUAGAUCUUGAAAAUCUACCUUCAAGAUAGUCUUAGUCAUUAGAUUUUCUAAGAAACGACGAAGAUAUGAUUCAUUGUUAUGGCGUUCUCGAGUACAGAAUUCGAUUAGGUCGUGAAGAUCAUUCCCUCUCUAAUUCACUGGUUGAUUCCAAAUUUCCAAUUCAGGUUACAAUCCAGCUAAAUCAUCCUCGCGGGGACUUGAUGUAUGGAGUCGUGGCCACAACUCAGGAGUUCCCUGAACGGCUGAGCUAUAAGCUUUUAUCACAGUUUGGAGCACAGAUAGACGAAAGGCUUCCCGGAAACGAGCUUUCGAAAUAUCGCGCUCAUCAUUGUCUUUCGUUAAGGCUGAGUUGUUACCAGCAUCGCAAUAUUCAUCCAAGAACGCGUACGCGAUGGAAGUUUCCUCUCCAGAAGUAAGCCUAGUUGUAAAGUUUCUUCGUCUGCUCUAACAUCAGACGCAUUAGGCCCCAUGAUGGGUGAUCUUAUGUCGAAAUUUGAGCGGCCAGAGGAGUAUGAUCGCAUUAACCGACUGCAGGAAAAAACGAAUUCCAUUAAGGGUCUCCUACGAAACAACAUUAAGGAGGUAGUCGAAAACACGGAAAGGCUCGAUUCGCUCCAAGAAGAUGCAGAGGUACUCAGACUUACUUGUAGUUUAGGUUUUUUUUUCUGCUGUUUGGUCUUGGUGGAUAUAUGGUAUGUAGGUGGUAGCUUUUUACUAUGAAGAUAUCAAUGUGUAGGAAGAAGGAAAAGAAUCCUCCAUUGUCUGUUGCAGGAAGAAAACACGAACAUAACAGGCUAUGGAGGAGACAGCGCGAGAGUAUCAGGAGAAGAGCAAGGAGGUAAAGCAGUACUUCUGGUGGAAAGAUACGCGGCUGACCGUGAUUAUAGUAGUGUUAAGGCUGCCUUCCGCUCUGACCUAGUAGCUUUGGAGGCUUAGGCCUUAGUUGUUGUACUUCCCAAAGCUCUCUCGAAGUGUUUUCUACCUUAUUAAGAAGGUCUAAUGAACAGAAGCUUUCUCGAAGUGUGUUUUCUACAACCUUCGCGAAGAAGGAAAGGGAGAGACCUCAUCUAACACUGGUGGUGGUCCUCGUACUCGGAUACUUGUUCUACAGCUGCAUGGGGGGCAGAGGCGCAUCUUCGAACAGCAGCCAGAACUCUGCUCCACCUGCAAGAAACACCGCUGCUCUUCCAGAUAGCGGUGUAGCACCCGAAACGCAGACAUUGUAAGGCUGUGGUCUGCUAGAUGUGAUGUGAGGGUACUAGUUUUGUGGGUACCCUUUUUACAGAUACAACUACCCUCAGAACAGAUGAUGAGGGUAAAAAAUGCAUUUGUUGUUCUACGUCGAUUUGUUUGAUUCGAUUCAUUGUUCCAAAUUCAACUGAGAGUUCGUAUUGGUAUUAAGUACAUGAUUCAUCAUUAUUCCAUUUCAGUUUUCCAUUCAACAUUAGUAACGCGUGACACUUCUGACUACGUCUACGUCACAUGACACUUCGACAGAGUUCGAAAAUAGAACCAUGCUAGCUAGUACGUCUUCUUGACCGUGUCCCUUUGUAGUAGACGUAUUGGCUUGCUAUUUUUCUUGUACGAAAAUUUUGGAACCAUGAAAUUUAUUUCCAACGCUUAUCGUUAGCCAACAUGGUUGUAACCACUACAACACACCUAAGUAGUAAAAAUGAGUGCUAAGAUUACCACGACCUAUGUGGCUUCAUGCUGCUCAUUCAAGAGGAUUCAUAGAAAUGGGCUGCAUAAUGAGAGUUGUGAUGACAAAUCCAUCAGAAUCUAGAUGAUUCGAAGAACAAGAAAGACACAGGAUGAAUGUGUUGAUGUGGGAGGGAAAACACAAAAGAUUGUGAGAAGUACUUCUUAAAUGGUGCAAAAAUCUGAAGAUCAUUCUCCGCAGCCUGCAGCCAGUGCAGCAGCAAUUCGAAGGCGACUCGCGUUCGAUUCGAAGGCGAAUCGUGUUGCUCCUGCAAGCUUGAGGUUGAGCUUCAAAAGGACAUAUUAUAAAAGCUAGGAAUAGAGUAGGAUAGGAUGAACAUCUGUCUUCUUCUUCCAUUCUUAAGUUGUUACUUUCCAAAACAAACGCAACCUUACCGCUUCGCUAUUACAUUCUUUGCGUGAG